GUAAAAAUCAGUAUAGUAGAAUGAGGAGCACAUGUUAAGUAGUAUACUGUAGUACAAGUAUAGUACUGUAUGUUUUUCAUUGAUGUUGGCUUUGUUUCAUAUACAGAGCUGCUGGUGUUGAGUGGAGCCACACCCUGCGCCUCCUAAUAGAGACAGCAAGGAGGAAAGAAAGACACGCGCACACACACACGUACACACACACAUGGUGAAGUCACCACUGAGGUGUGAAAGGAGGGUACGAUAUGCGUCUUUCACCUCCUCCUUACCCAUUUCAUUAUUUUCACAUAGAGCAGCAUAAAAAUGAAUAAGAUCACAUGAGAUACUUUACAUUUUAAACGUACAUUUUACAUUACCUUUUAUCUAAGAAAAACUAAUGUGCCUAAAAUGCCCUAAUUUUAUGUACCUACAAUAGGGGUGCAGUGUCAUAUCAUAUUUUGUAUUGUUAAACUGGAAAAUCAUUGCAAUGCACGACAGUGGGUUAGAUUUUUAGAGGUAUUGUACCUUUUAUUGAUUUGUUUUGUUUUUAAUGUGCUACAGCAGAUCUGGGAAGCUGGUGCAUUGAAAAAGCUCUCAUCCCUCAGUGCACAUGCAGGACAUGCUACUGUGUUAAGAAGUCACAUAUGCAGUAUUUUUAUACUAUAUGAAAGGAAGACUUAGAAACACUACAUUAAGUUAACUGCCUUCUCUAAUUCCUAUGCAUUGAAGAUGAUGUGCCAUUGCCAGCACUUGAUUGUAUUUCAUGAACUACAUACCUUUUGCUCGACAUGAGAUGAGAAACACUGAGUCUCCACACGUGACCACGCCCUGAAAGGCUGAUGUGAACACCAGUGUCUCCCACAGCCACCAAACAACCCCCAUCUGAGAAAAGCCCCUGCAAUGUUAUACAAUGUCUUUCUGCUUGCACUGUGAACCCCUCUUUUGUCCAACUACGUUAAAUGAACACUUUAGGUGGUGUGAACGUGCUUUAAAAACAUACAGGAGCUGUUUGUGUUGCAAAACAGGGUAUGUUUAAAUAUACGCGUAGAUGUUUGCAGCCUUCCACCAUUUGAAACACUAUCAAAUGAGUUUGCACGCGUGAUUUCUUGAAAUAUGAUGAAAUAAUAUAGUAAACUCUGAGGAAACGGACAAAGACAAAGAAUGGUGUGUCGUGAAUGAACCUGUGAUGACUUGGCUGCUUCUCACCAGGGCAAUAUUGAUGCUUUCAGGCUGACUAUCUGACAGCAUAUUUCUUUGUCUUUUCUGCAACAUCUUAUUAUAGAAGGUCAUUGUGAUGGGGCUUGAGGGAGGGCGGUGGUGUUGUGUGAGCAAACUGCCCCCACCUGGUAUAAAACGGUACUUUCCAUAAGCAUACCGUGCUACUGCCCUAAAAUGAAAAGUCAAGUAAAAUAUGACCAUGAUUAGUUAUGCAAUCAUUACAUGAGUUCCCCUUUAAAAAAAAAAACUGCUGCUUGUCAUGCUAGUUGGGCUGAUUGCUGCAAUUUCCCUGACUUUUUGUUGUAAUUUCAAGGCAUGAUUUCUUUUGCGCAAGGUGCUAGCUGUCAUUAACGACUUGUAAGAGGAGCGAUCACAUUAUUCAAAUGACUUAUGUCUUCAUUACACACACACAAAUGCAGUCACCGAACACGAGAGUGUUGUGGGUUUGACUUUUGGGGUUGAAUAACAAAUAUUGACUUUUUGCACACAUGUGAUGUACCUAUAUUUUAAAUGUACAGAAUGAUUAUUAUUGUUAGUCUAAUAUAGAAACAUGUACAAAUACUCUGAAGCAGAAAAGUCACAAAACUGAGUUCAUGCCUGAACAACAGUAUGGAAUGUUUUGUUCAUAAGAUAUAGAUCAAAUCUGUCGUUUACUUCACUAAUUCUACAGCAAUCUAAAGCUAUUUGUAAAACUAGGAGAAUACACAUGUGGGAGUUUAAAUAUUAUGUGUGGAGUACCCCAGGGGUCAAUAUUGGGACCAAAACUGUUCAAUUUGUACAUCAAUGACAUUUGUAAAGUAACGAAGGAUUUAAAGCUGGUAUUAUUUACGGAUGAUACCGUUGCCUUUUGUUCUGGGUAAAGCACACAAGAACUAAUUAAAAAGGUCAAGGAUGAAAUGGUCAUAUUAAAGUCAUGGUUUGACAGAAGCAGAUUAUCCUUGAACCUAAGUAAAACUAAAAUAAUGCUAUUUGGAAAUAGCAGAAAGGAGAAGUACGAUCAAAUACAAAUAAACGGAGUGGACAUUGAAAGAGUGAAAGAAAAUACAUAUUUGGGUAUCAUAAUAAACAAAAAAAUGAGUUGGAAAACUCAUAUAAAAAAUAUACAACACAAUGUGGCGAGAAAUACUUCAAUAUUGAACAAAGCAAAAUAUGUUUUAGAUCAAAAAUCACUCCACACUCUUUACUGCUCUUUGGUAUUACCAUAUGUAACGUAUUGUGUGGAGAUAUGGGGCAAUAAUUAUAAAAGCAAUCAUCACACGCUCAAUGUACUGCAAAAAAGAUCGGUGAGGAUAAUUCAUAAUGCCGCGUAGAGAGAACAUACAAACCCUUUAUUUUUAAAAUCACAGAUAUGAAAAUUUACUGAUUUAGUACACUUUCAAACUGCUAAAAUAAUGUAUAAAGCUAAUAAUAAUUUGUUACCCAAAAACCUCAUACAGUAUUUCUCUAUAAGAGAGGAGAAAUAUGAUUUUAGGGGAAAAUCAAAUUUAAAACACUUAUAUGCGAGAACAACGCUGAAAACCCACAGUAUUUCUGUAUGUGGAGUUAAAUUAUGGAUUGGAUUGAGCAAGGAACUCAAAAAAUCAAGCAGAUGAUGUUUGCUAUAUACAAGGCAGAAGAGUCUUGAUCAUUACAAUGAUUGUUCUGUCAUGCUUGUUUUUUAUUAAUUAUUACACUGAUUAUUAUAUGGAAUAAUAUUACAUGGAAUGCAGGAAGUGAAUAAUAUGUACUGUACAAGACGUGGAAUGGAAGGGGGGUAGGAUGAAAUAAACUCUGCUUCUUCCUACUCCUUUGGGACAUGUGGAACUGUGAAAGGAUGAUUCAUGAGAUGUAUUCCAUUGUAACCUUCAUGCAUGUUCAAAUAAACUAAACUAAACUAAACCACAUAUACAAAUUUGAAAACUUAUAAUUACAUAUGCUGUUAUACACAAAAACACAUUUUUCGUACUUUUUCACAUUUGAUUUAAAGAGUUAAAAUCUUGUGCGAUUGAAUUGAAAUGGGUAUUGCACCACGUGACUACCAAAGCGACAUAAAAUAGUGACGUAAUUCAAAGCUAGCCAAUCAGGUGGCUUUAUGUAGAACCACGAGGUCUUGACUUUUUUUGUACUGUUGCACAUGCGCAAUUCAUUUCGAAAAUGGCGGCCGUACAAGGCGGUAUGGCCGACGCUGUUGAAAUAAAGGACAUUAAAACAGAACCACCCAUCGAUGGCAUUGCAAACAACAAUGCGAACGACGGAAAGCUACAUUCUACGUCCCCUGGGCCCGGUGCUUCAGGUGAAAGUAACAAACCAGCGACUGGAGCUCCAGAGGAGCAACAGACGUUGUUGGCUAUUCUGCAAUUCCUUAAAAAGAACCAGCUGUCGGAAUCCGUCGACAUUUUGCGUCGCGAAGCUGGAUUGUCGGAGGAUUUGUUGGAUUUGAAGGCGAGUGAUGUGUCCUCAGGCUCCGGGGGUGCAACGGGAACUGUGGAGGGAGGAGGUCUGGAUACCAACUCUCUUCUAAGUCGUGUGACGUCCUCCGCUGUACCCCAGGCACCAGUCAAAGCCCCCCCUGGAGAGGACCAGCCAGAUGUGAGUGUGGUUCUGUCAGCUUACAGCCAGCAAGGAGACCCAGCUCUCUAUGAGACUUACUACAGCGGCUUGAAAAAGUUUAUAGAAACGGUUUUGGACUGUCACAGAGCAGAACUGUCCCAGGUGUUCUACCCACUGUUUGUACACAUGUACCUGGAACUUGUCUACAACAACCACGAGAAUGAGGCCAAGGCGUUCUAUGAAAAGUUUAGCGGGGAUCAAGAGUGCUAUUAUAAGGAAGACCUACAAGUUUUGUCGGGUUUGACGAAGAAGGAGCACAUGCGAGGCAACGAGACCCUGCUGGACUUUCGCACUAGCAAAUUUGUCCUGCGAAUCUCCCGUGACUCAUACCAGCUGCUCAAGAGGCACCUGCAGGAGCGCCAGAACAACCAGAUUUGGAACAUCAUCCAGGAGCACCUCUACAUUGACAUCUUUGAUGGCAUGCCGCGCAGCAAAAGUCAGAUUGAUGCCAUGUCUGGCAGUCUGGCAGGAGAGGCCAAGAGAGAGGCUAAUAAGGCCAAGGUUUACUAUGGAUUGCUCAAGGAACCAGAAAUUGAACUUCCACUGGAUGACGAGGACGAAGAGGCGGAGAAUGAAGAGGGUAAGCCCAAGAAGAAGAAACCCAAAAAGGACAGCAUGGGCUCCAAGAGCAAGAAGCAGGAUCCCAAUGCCCCUUCACAGACAAGAAUACCUCUUCCAGAAUUAAAAGAUUCUGACAAACUGGACAAGAUAAUGUACAUGAAAGAGGCCACCAAAAGGAUCCGACUUGGACCAGAUAACCUUCCUUCCAUUUGCUUCUACUCUUUUCUCAAUGCGUAUCAGGGUCUAACUGCUGUGGACAUCACGGAUGACUCCAGCUUAAUUGCAGGAGGCUUCGCUGACUCCUCGGUCAGAUUGUGGAGUGUCACUCCGAAAAAGCUGCGCAAAGUCAAGUCAGCAGCAGACUUGAAUCUGAUUGACAAAGAGUCAGAUGACGUACUGGAGAGGAUCAUGGAUGAAAAAACAGCCAGCGAGUCCAAGAUGCUGUAUGGGCACAGUGGUCCUGUGUAUGGUAUCAGUUUCAGCCCAGACAGAAACUACCUCCUGUCCAGCUCUGAAGAUGGCACUGUGAGGCUGUGGAGUCUCCAAACGUUUACAUGCCUUGUGGGCUACAAGGGUCACAACUACCCAGUCUGGGAUACACAGUUUUCUCCACAUGGAUACUAUUUCAUCUCCGGGGGACAUGACCGAGUUGCCCGUCUAUGGGCUACAGAUCACUACCAGCCACUGCGGAUGUUUGCUGGUCACCUGGCAGACAUUACUUGCACCCGCUUCCAUCCCAACUCAAAUUAUGUUGCCACAGGGUCAUCUGACCGCACCAUUCGCCUGUGGGAUGUUCUGACAGGAAACUGUGUUCGCAUCUUUACCGGUCACAAGGGUCCAAUCCAUGCCCUGUCAUUCUCUCCCAAUGGAAAGUUUUUGGCUUCAGGCGCUACUGACGGCCGAGUUCUUCUUUGGGACAUUGGUCAUGGUCUUAUGGUUGGAGAGCUCAAAGGCCACACAGACACCAUCUACUCUCUCAGGUUCAGCAGGGAUGGAGAGAUCCUUGCCUCUGGCUCUAUGGAUAACACAGUUCGUCUGUGGGAUGCCAUGAAAGCAUUUGAUGAUUUGGAGACUGAUGACUUCACAGCAGCCACAGGACACAUUCACCUACAAGACAACUCACAGGAGCUUCUGCUUGGCUGCUACACAACUAAAUCUUCACCAGUCAUACACCUUCACUUCACCCGCAGAAAUCUGCUGUUGGCGGCAGGCGCCUACAACCCAUAAGACUACAGCAUACUAAAUUGAGAAUCAUCUACAAAAGCUUGACAUGAAGCAUUUUAGUGGCUCCUGACAGUAUUGGGCAGCGUGAAAAGACCUCAUGAUAAAUGAUGUUUGCCAACACCUACACUGGACCUAAAUUAAGUUGUCCGAAGACAGUGCCAUUGUAACCGGUGACAAUGAUAGGAAUCAUUUUGUAUUAUAUUCUUUUUAUAGCUAAAUGUGUAAAUUAAAGUGUUUUCUAUGUUUUGGCCAUAAAUGAUCUUUAUUAACACAAGGAAACCAAACAGUUACUUUAUUACAAGUACACCCAGCUGCCUCCUCCGCUCCCAGCAGUCAGACUUGGUCAAAAUGUACAUCUGUGAAGGACAUAUUCAUGAUCGUUAAGCAAUAUACUCUAUAAAUAUGUUGCUACAUUUGGACUAAGUGGAGAGG